AUAAAAUAAAUUCUAACAGCAGAAAACACUUCACUUUUUUGUUGCUAUUACUGAUUAUUUAAGGAAAAUGUAGGGUUUGUGUAACUUUUUAAAAAUUAUUUUCUUUAAUUUUUUUACAUGGGUUUAGGUCACAUUUGAUUGUUAACUAAAAAUAAAUAAAUAAAUGCUUAGAAAUCAAAAAUAUUGUCACACUGAUGUCGUUUGAAUGGAGCACCACAAUUUUUUUUUUUUUUUUUUAAGUUUCACUUUCGUUUUCGACGGGACUUUUUAUGAAGGUGGGGAUUCCUUCUCUGGAAAAAAAUACGCAGUAUGUAUCUUUUGGGUCAAAUUAGUUUGAGUCUUUUUCAUUCCUGCAUCAUUCUUUCAUAGCUUAAGGCUCAUUUUUGUUACAAACCUGACUUCCGGUUAUCGCGUUCUGACGACGUUUAUAGACUUUGAACUAUUGAGUUUGUAUACGUUCGUGGUUGGAUCUGUUCCAGUUACAUCGGCUUGUCUGAAUCGUUUAAAUACUUUUUUUUUUUUUUUUAAUAAUAAUACUUUUAUUACUGUGUUUUCCGUCAUCAGGCAGCUUCCGUACCGAUGGCUCCUUUGGAUCAACGUGAUCUUUACUGCAUUAACAGAAUAGUGGAGUCUUUGAAUAGUAGUGAAUGCAGAAAGUUGCUUUUCCUGUGUGGCAGCUUGAGUUCAGAUAGUAGUGUGCAGUCCGUGAGGGAGACUCUAAAACAUAAAAUUACGUGUCACGAGAAUGCCACUCAGUUCUUGGCUGAGGUCAUCUGGCGCAUGGGCCGCUAUGACAUUUUAAAGGAGCUAUUUACUCUAAGCAGAAAUGAAGUAGAACAGACUCUGGGAAACAGACAAGUUCUGUCAAAAUUCAGAGUGCUGAUGGCAAACAUAAGUGAAGAUCUAGACACAGAAGACGUAGAACAGAUGUUGUUCUUAUUAAGUGAUACUUUGCCACGCGAGAAAUUGAAUACAAAGAGUUUCUUGGACAUCAUCGUCGAGCUUGAGAAACUUGAUUUAGUUUCCCCAGAGAGAGUUGACAUGGUGGAGGAAUGUUUGAGGAAUAUUUGCAGGAUCGAUCUGGCCAAAAAAGUAUCCACAUAUAAAAAGACUGCUCAGAGAUUUGACCUGCAAUCUUCUCACCAGCAAAGUAGUACGAACUUUGAAAGAAGACAAGGACAGCCUAGAAACAUUGUCAGAGAGAGCCCAACAACACCUGAACUCAGACAGCCAAGCACUGCGAGUCAGGUUGAGCAAUACAGCUUGAACAGCAACCCAAGAGGACUGUGUGUGAUCAUAGACUGUGUGGGCUGUGAUCAAGGAAUGCUGGAGGAUACAUUUAAGGCUCUUCAUUUUCAUGUGGUCCUCUAUCCCUUGCUGACUUCCAAACAAAUUCUGUCACGUCUCACAGAGCACCUAAGACAAGAGCCCAACCUGCAUGGCGAUGCAUUUGUCUGCUGUAUUAUCAGCCGCGGUACGGCUAAUCAACUCAUGGGCAUAGAUUCAUAUGGCAUGGGGGUGUCCCUGGACCACGUGAGGCACAGUUUCACUGGUAUCGCUUGCCCCAUGUUGGCCGGCAAGCCCAAACUCUUCUUCAUCCAGAGCUACGCUUCUAAUAUCAGGGGGUCCUGUGCCAGUAAUGAGUAUCGGGAUGAGGAUAUAGAGCCAGACGGUUGCAAUGGCCUGUUGACAUCGAGUUACAUCCCAUCUGAAGCGGACAUGUUCUGGAGUCACUGUUUGACAGAUGCAAGUCAGUUGAACCAGGGAGGGCAUCACUCUGUUUAUCUCAGGGCUCUGACUACAGCGUUGGACAAUGCCCAAAGAAGGAAAACCGAUCUGCUCGACGCUCACACGAAAGUAAAUGGAGCCAUAUAUGAGCACAACUCGAGAAAUCCCACAUCACUUUAUCAGAUCAGCGUGAAACACACUCUGAGAAAGAGUCUUUUCUUACUGUAGAAAAUCAAACCACAACACUGAGCAGACUCCCAGGAUUUUUAGCACUAGACUUAUGAAGGAAUUGCAAGUUCUCUGAAGAUAUACUGACACCUACUGGCUGUUUCUAUGCACAGAUAAUUUCUGUUUUAGUUGAAGGAAACUAUAUUCCAGUGUCUUAAUUUAACAUGGGAGCAAUUUAACGUAAUAAUCUUCUUUUAUUAUUAACACCAAUUAAAUAUUAUUUUAUUUAUUUUGCUCAGUAUAUUACAGUGUAUUGUUUUACUCCUUGUAGUGCAGCUAACACACUUUUUUCUACGUUUAUUGAUUUAUUAUUAUUUGUUAUUUAUUUUUGUACUUUAUACUUUUACAUUUUAAACUCUCUAUAAUAAUAAAAAAAACAUAUGGAGCCUUCAAAUGUUAAAACACUAAAAGUGCAAACCAAAACUACAAAACGUGUUCUUUUGUGUAUAUUUUGAAAUUUACCAUAAAUAUUAAGUAGCUCUGGUACAAAUCAAAGGCAUCUUGUGUACUAAAUGUAAGUACCUCAUAUAAAACAUAA